AUGAUAUUUGUCACGGUUUAUGUUAGGGUAAUGCGACACAACCGAACAAAUAAACUAGGAGCUAUUGUAGAGUUUAAUUUAGUAUACCGCAUAAUGAUUGCACUGAUUGCAAUUCUGAUUAGCCUACUGGUGAGCAGCUCAGCUGACGGAGUGGGAAAAGCUUGGGAAAUAUCACCAAAUCCAAACGCCGAAAUUACGACACAUCCGACAUGGCCACGGCUAGAUUUGUCGGCCUUCGAAGUGAGGAGUGUCAGUGGAAUUGGUCGAUUGACGUCACGCGAAAAUCAAGCGCCGGUUAAUAUUCAAGAAGAGCCCAUUAAAGAUCGGGAGGAAAUUGAUACUUCACCUGAAGAAUCUGGAGAGAAUCGCGUCGCUAAGGAGAUCGAAGACAUGGAAAAUGAUUAUUACAGCCCAGAAGUCAUUUAUGAUCACCCAAUCUUCCAGGGUGUGAAUAAGAACUCGCGAAAAGACGUCGAAUUGCUACCAGGUCCUUGGGAAAAAUCGAGAACUCAAAGAACUAGCAGAAAACGUGGUUACUGUCCUGAUAAUGACGACGAGGUGGAAAAUAUUUCUGUUGGAGAAGAAAAAAAUUUGCGCGUACGUCGAGAUGUUGAUGAAAAACAAAUGGAAAAAAUAGCUGCUACUAAAAAUGUACGAGAACCUCGUCUGAGUGCUUCGGAGUCUUGGUCCAAGCAACCAUUGGCGGUUGAGUUUCGCCAUCGCACAGAUUUAGAUGAAAGUACCUCCAGUGUAAAUGAAGAAGAAGUUUCAAGAUCAUCUGCUCGAGGUCAUCAGGCUCCACAUGUUGAUUUUGUCACGGCAAAUCGCAGAAAUUUCGAAGGAAGAGAGUCUCGGGAUUUGCCUUUGCCCAGAGACGCACCAAUGGCUCGAGACUUGCCGAUGUCUAGGUCUUAUGACGAAACUCCUUAUCGCAAUAGUCUUCGGGAGAGAGAUCCUGAUUCGCCUUACUCCCGAGGUUAUUACUACCCAGAUCACUUCAGAACAGAAAGAGAUUACUACGUUAGAGGAGUUAAUGAGCCUGCUGCUUUUUCUAUGGAUCGUUACCGCAUUGAAGACUAUGAUAUGUACCGGAAUCGCCCAACACCGAAGCCCAAGAGGAUAAUAUACUAUGCAACGCUUCCUGAAAUCGUCCGCAAGCCUGUAGAUCUUCGCACUUAUGCUAGACCGUAUGACAGCGUGAGUAGAGCUUCGAUUCCUGUUGGAAUGAUUACACGCGAUCGGUACCAUAAAAGAAUGCCCAGUAUAAUGGACAGAGAUGACACCAGUUACCAGUAUCGGAAUUAUCAAGGUUACAACUCUUACGACCCGUAUGUGAAGAGAUCCAGCUAUUUAGAUCAUCCUUAUGCUCCUUUUAAUGAAAGAUUGGAAGAAGAUCGCUAUCGGGACCAAGAUUUGGAUCACGCCAGCUACAAAGAAGCUCCUGAAACUCGAGAACGUGAAGAUCCCAAGAAGCCAGUUCCUGGAGUCGAGGCUAGGGUUGAACAAGACAAAGCACCUUGGCCAGUUCAAAUCGGAACUGAGAUAAAUGUCAAGGAUAAUCAAAGAGUUUCUGGUAGAAAAGUAUUUGGGCAGUACCCUAACUAUGACAGAUUCCGUCCCAGCGCGAGACUAGAGCGCAAAGACAAUGGAAAUGAUCCCAGUGGAGAAACCAGACACUGA